GUGGCGUGUCAUUUCUAAGAGGAUGUUUGAUCCAGUGUUUUGUUUUCAUCGACUGUGUAUGGAUGCUUCUCAGUGGUUGAGUACAUUUUGUUAGUUGCAGACUUCUUCAUUUUGGAUUUGAGCAGAAUAAACCACAAUUGUAAUACCAACGUGUGGUAGAUUGGAAUUGAUGGAAAGAUGUUACCAUAGCAACAUGGUGUAUUUCAGAUGGGAUGCAUAUAUUUAGAUUGAGACUAUAAGUGUCGGUGAGAGUACAACUUUUCCACAGUGGAAUCAACUCCCUCUAGGAUCAAGUUACCUGACCAGCUUUCAAAAAAGUGUUUACCGGCGUGUCGUAUUCGCCAAGUGCGUGUUUGUUUAGACAUUUUCUUGAGGACUUUCGUUGGAUGCUGGCAGUUUGACGGGCAGCUGAUGAAAUCGUCAAUUCUCAGACCUUGUUUUUGUUUGGAGUUGCUAAACGUGAUCUCUGUACUCAUCAAAAUCUUGCUUGACGUGGUCCUUUUGACGUGGUUAACCUGUUCUUUUGACGUGGUUAACCUGUCUUUUUGACGUGGUUAGCCUGUCCUUUUGGGAGGAUCGUGAGGAGGACUUCAGGUAUUUGUAGUAAUCAGUUGCUGGGAUGGAGGUAGAAAAAGCCAGUGAAGGGAGCAGUCAGGGACCUGGAAAACAGCUUUCUCAUGGGCGACUACCAUGGGCAAGUCAGAAUCUCUCUAAGUCGUUAGGAGGCAGCAUGAGGCAAGGCGAUCAGUUUGGUACCCCGUCCUACCCAUCACCCCUAGAUAGGAUACGCAGUGGUAAAAGAGAAAAAGCAGCUCAGUUUGGAUUAAGCCAAUCCUUCAACGCAUCUUUAGAUCUGAAUAAAUCGUUUCCAACAACGGCCGAUGUUAAGUAUAGGAAGGAGGAUGAAGCAGCCAAAGAACAAGUCUGUACGCUGGAAAAAUUCAAAGGUGACGGUUUGGAUACCUUCAGUUUCUCCGCCGGUCUCUCCAAGGGUAGUUUUGCUCCAGCUCCUACCUCUCAGCUCAACGCAUCCCUGGGGCAAUCCUGGUCCUUCUAUAAUUUUGUCGGAGGCGGUCAAAUGGGGGCGACAUUCCCAACUACAGUACGGAAUCCCAACAAGGCUAUAUUGACGAUAGAAGCUAGGACUACAAAGAUUUUGGUCGCUAACGAGAUGGCAUGUGAGUUAUUCUGUUAUAGCACGAAUGAACUAGUUGGAAUGAAGAUGUCAAGUUUAUUAUCAGUGAAUGAUCGUAAGCAACCUGAAGCUUUAUGUGAGCAACAUCUUGAAGAUAACGGGGAAGUCGUCAUGGUGUCAGGUAAAGUGUUUGAUGCAGUAGAUGCUAAUGGUUUAGUCAUACCAAUCUCUCUAUGGAUGAAGAAACUAACCUCAGAUGAAAACCCCAGAUGUCUAGUGGUCAUGGAACCAGUAGAAAGGAGCUCAGCUAAGUUGUCAUUCGACAGCAAGGGCUACAUUGUUGAAUCUGAUCAACAAUUUGCAUAUCUCCAUGGUUUCACAUCAAAUACAGAAGUAAUUGGUAUGCCAAUCAAGCAACUGAUUCCAUCUAUCCAACUCCCUCCCUCUGGAGCAAAACUUCCCAAGGAGGUGAAGAAACAGCGAAUAACGGGACGGACCAAAGAUGGCGUCAGUUUCCCGAUUAGUCUGCUCAUUAAGAAUCAGACCUCUCCAUCAAUACCUGAAGAUGAAGGGCAGAGAGAUAGUAACAACAGGCUACAAGAAGACCAAGAUGAGUACCAGUCGUGUGGUGUGGUCUACCAGGCUAGCAUGUGGGUCUUUACUAACAUCAGUGGUAUGGUGUCCUUCAAUCAAGAUGGUACUAUACACAGCGUUAAUAAUAACUUCUCUCUCAUGAUGUCUGGCUACUCACAUCAAGAACUUGUUGGACAGCAUAUAACAUUCUUAGUGCCAGAGUUCUAUGAGCAUUUAGAUUUGAUUGACGAUGGCUCAAUGCCACUUCCACCAUUUGAUGACGACGAUGAUGAGUUUAUACCCUACCCAAGUAGACCAUCAUCGGAACCAUUGAUGAGACCAGAGAGCUGGCAGGCUAAACAAGAUAACGUCAUGCGACAGGUGUCGUUAGAUCCCAGUGCCUUUACUUCCUCUGCAUACAACCCCAUAGCUGCACAACUCGCUGACCAGCAACAAGCCAAGACAGCCAACCUUCCUAAACAAUCGACCUCCUUAUCAUCGGGAAUCUCAGAUCCAGGGAAAGGUUCAUCCGACGGCAGAGCUGAUAUCAGAGGUCUGGUCCUUCCUGAUCUGGUCUUAGACAGGCCAUCCACUGCUGAUCUUCUGAACGAGGCAGAGAGAAUAUUUGACACAGUUGAUAAAGCUAAUCGUGGCAGUCAACGGACGUUUAGUUCUAGCACCAAUGAGCUUCUGGAAUCUGCUCCGUCAUUCGUUGACGAUUGUAAAUCAGAAGAUGGUAUCGAAAGUCCACGUAGAUUCCUUGGAGUGUCACCCCCUGGGAGCAGUCAUGCGAGUAUGGAAGUGAACUGUAGUGGUACUCCAGAUGGUCUGAGUGAUAUAUCCUCCUUAGGAUUUGAAUCAUCAGAGAGAGGCAGCGUGAGUGAAGAGAUCGUUCCAGGAGAAGGUCCCUUAGGGGAAGACUUCCUGUGUAAGAGGAAUUCCAACGCUGACUUGACGACGCAGAAAGGUUGUAAUCUUACAGCUCAGAAACUACAGGAGCAUGUUCGGCUUGGGGAGAAGCUUAGGGUCAUGGACUGGGAGAAGGAGAAAGAAGACGAGGGUGGAGAAUCGGGAGUAGCUUCUGAAGGUCAAGCAUCGUCAGGAGUUGCUUCAGAUGGUCUGGCAUCGUCGGGAGAAGCACCAACACCAGAUGAUGCAACUGAGCCACAAAUCGUUGACGAUAGCUCAUCAACUAUUGAAUCAAAACAUGAGCAGGAUGAGGCGCUUACGUCACCGUGUGUUCCUUCGUUAAAGAUUUUAGCCGAGAGGAAUGUAGACUCUGAGCCUGUGAGUCCGUUACAGCUACUCGAUGAUAACUCAGUUCAUAGUGAUGAUGAAGAGGCUGUCAUCACAGCGCGUAGGGUCAGCUCAGGAUCAGGUGGAUCCCAACCUAAGCCUGCUUGUAAAUUCCUAGAGAAAAGCGUCAGCUUUGAAGAAGGUCACUCUGAGAUCCGCACCGAGAAAUGGACUGGGGGUAAACUGGACGCCACGCCUCCGAGUGUGCCGAGAGAAGCGUGGGGUUUCAGUGAAGCAGACACCGAUAAAGCAGUCAAUAACAAUGUGAAUAUUAACAAUAGUAAUUUAUUAGGAGAUGUGCUGAAGACUCCAGAAGAUAGAAUUGAGGGAGAGUUUUUGAACUUGGCGACGUCUACACCUGCUAGUAAGGUGAUGAGGCAGACGUCUGCGAUGUCGUUGCCUCCGAUUCCAGAGGGUAGCUUCAUGGGGCAAUGCAAGCACAGGGACGGCUCAUACCUAGGUAUUAUAUUCCAAAUCAAGAUAGUUCAGCUGGAAGAUGAUGCUGUCUUAUAUUGUAUGUGGAUGUCACGUGACCCGUCGGAUCCUGGGGAGGGUGGUCGAUGUACUUCCAAUCUCACCUUAGCUUCUAGCUUUAGUAGUACCUUCAAUGCAUCGGUGACUGGUGUUAGUCUGGGAGAGGCGAUAGCGGCUAAAGCUAACAAUCUAAGCACAUCAUCAUGUCCAGAGGAAGAGGACAUUAGUCUGAGCCAUGGAGCCUAUGAAGAGAAAUACACAACGCUUCAGUCUAUCGGUAAAGGAGCUUUUGGAUUUGUUAAAAUGGCCACUAGGAAACAAGAUGGCACUCUGGUUAUCGUGAAGUUUAUUCGAAAGAAGAAGAUAUUGAAGGAGAAUUGGUUGGAUGAUGCAGAGUUUGGUCGAGUCCCUUCUGAGAUUGUGAUGCUGUUAAGAUUCUCACAUCCUAACAUUGUGAAGGUUUAUGAAUUUACUGAGAAUGAGGAGUUCUUUCAGAUGAUUAUGGAGAAACACGGUUCUGGGAUUGAUCUGUUUGAGUUUAUAGACAGACAACCAAUUCUAGAUGAAGCGUUAGCGAGUUACAUGUUCAGACAGGUUGUUGCUGCUGUGUCGUACAUCCACGAUAAAAACAUCCUCCAUAGAGACAUUAAGGAUGAGAACUUGAUCUUAGAUGAACGGUUCCAUAUCAAGCUGAUUGACUUUGGUUCAGCUGCUCAUAUGGAACCAGGAAAACUCUUCUCUACAUUCUGUGGAACUCUUGAAUACUGCUCACCAGAAGUACUGCUCGGGAACAAUUACAAGGGACCUGAGUUGGAGUUAUGGGCAAUAGGAGUGACUCUAUACACACUCAUCUUCCAAGAAAACCCAUUCUAUGAUGCCGAAGAAAUCAUUCAAGCCAUUCUUAAACCGCCGUUUCCUGUAUCAAAUGAUUUGAUGCAACUGGUUGCGUGGUUGCUACACCCAGAGCCUGAAUGGCGUUGUACUCUACGUGAUAUGCAGAGCCAUGCUUGGAUAACACAGGCUGUAGAUAUCACUAAAUACUCCUGGGAGUCCGUCCUGCCACCUGAAGGUUUUAAAAGUGACACUUCUCACACCUUUGGUGGCAGCGACAUCCCUCUGGAACAAGAAGAGCAAGAGCAAGAAGAUCUGAUGCUGAGUAGUGAGCUGUUGAAAUGUCUGGAAAUAACAGAUGAAGGCGAUUGAAAUUGCGAUUAUAUUAUCAAUAUCAUGCACCAUCGACGUCACAGCAGAUUACAACAGUUUUUUUCUUAUGAGUCUCUUUCUGAUGGGAUUUGGGGCAUUGCGUAUUGAGGUAUCAUUGUAUAUUUGGUGUGCGGUAAUACCAUGUCUACUUGCUGGGUAGAUAAUGUUCUUUUGAGAACUUGUCUUGCUUUACAUUCCACUGCCGCGGAGUAUUUUUUUUUUAAAUUCGGGAGACCUCUCUUCUACCGCGGAGUAGAUUUUUCAGAAGUCUCUUUCUGUUUGCUGAUACGAUCUAUCUUGAAGCAUAAUCAGACAUGUUUUUAUAAUGAGGUUAAAUUUGCAUCGGGAUAAGAAUAUUAAUUUUGGUUUUUACCCAUAUACCGAUGUGUGUGAGCACUGUAUA